AUGGUGACGGGUGGUCGGAGGGAGCUGGUCGGAUGGAGCCACGCAAGCAGUAACAGCAGCACAUGGUGUUUGGCUAUCUCCGAUCAGCAGCAAAGAGUGAGAAACACGGCGAUGGUGGCUGGUGAUAUAAGAAUGAGAGGAAGAGAGGGUCACCUCCAUCUUCUCACGUCGUCGGCUCCUCAAGCUCUCCCCUGCUCGCCACCGUAUGCCGUCGCCCCUGUGAAACCACCGACCGGAGACCUAGCACCCCACAGAUAUAGGUGGAGAUGA